AUGACCCAGGGUACCAGCCAGGACUCGAAUGCAGGCUCUAAACCUGCGGCAAGGCAUGUUGAAGGCUCGGACAUUCCGACCGAUACAGCUAAAAUACAUAAUGGGGACGCUGCGCUGGCUUUGUUUGAGAACCUGGAGGAUAUGCACGAGGGCUUCGAGCCGGGAGAAGAGAAGAAGCUCGUUCGAAAAAUUGACCUGAUGAUCCUGCCAUUCCUGGCAGUCUGCUACGCUUUUUACUAUAUUGACAAAACAACGCUGUCGUAUGCUGCAAUCUUCGGGAUUCGAGAUGACCUGCAUCUCUCUGGCACGGAAUAUUCAUGGCUCUCGAGUGUCUUCUACUUUGGCUUCCUGGCGUGGUCGUUUCCCACCAACCUAUUGAUGCAGCGGUUCCCCGUUGGCAAAUAUCUCGGGGUGAACAUCUUUCUCUGGGGCUUUUUCUUGAUGCUACAAGCGGCCGCAAAGAAUUUUACUCAACUGGCAGUGCUGCGAGUCAUUUCAGGCGCCGCGGAAGCAUGCAGUGACCCUGCGUUUAUGCUUAUUACCAGUAUGUGGUAUACCCGCCGUCAACAGCCCAUUCGAAUCGGCCUGUGGUACACAGCAAACGGUUUCGGCAUCGCCAUCGGUGGGCUAUUUGGAUAUGGCAUCGGCCAGAUCAAGGGGGCUCUUCCAUCUUGGAAGUAUGAAUUUCUCAUCAUCGGAGCUCUCUGCUGCAUCUGGGGCAUCGUCAUGGUCAUCUUCCUCCCAGACUCUCCAGUCACGGCUCCUCAACUCUCCGAUCGCGAAAAGCGACUGGCUGUCGAGCGUCUGCGCGACAAUCAAACGGGCGUGGAAAACCGGACCAUGAAGCCUAAACAGAUCCUCGAAGCUUUCUUGGAUUGGAAAGUUUGGACGUUUUUCUUGCUUGGAUUCUCUGGGAAUAUUCCCAAUGGGGGUAUUUCGAAUUUUGGCACAUUGAUUAUCAAGGGCUUUGGUUUCUCUACUUUGGUGACAACACUCAUGCAGAUUCCAUAUGGAGCCUUCAUUACCAUCAUGAUCUUAACGGCCGUCUUUGUCAACGAUCACCUCCCACAAGGCAAUCGCUGCAUCGUCGCGAUCGUGUUUCUACUCCCCAACUUAGCCGGCUCCUUUGGUCUACACUACGUGUCCGAGUCUCAUCGUAUAGGCCGGCUAAUUUGCUACUAUCUCACCGGGUCCUACAAUGCGUCGUUUGUGAUCAUCCUGUCCAUCCUGACAGGUAACAUCGCUGGCCACACGAAGAAAGUGGUCACCAACGCGAUGAUCUUCCUUGGAGUUUGCGUCGGCAACAUUGCAGGUCCUUUCUUCUAUAAAUCGGAGCAGGCACCAGGUUACUCCUUGGGGAUUUGGUCCAUGAUUGUGGCCAAUUUGGUCGAAAUUGCAUUGAUUGUUGUGCUCGGGUUGGCUCUCGCGUGGGAGAAUCGACGCCGCGACCGGGUGCAGGGAGUGAUUUCUGGAAGUGGGACAGACUAUGAGCGACAAUUGGAACUUGAUCGGACUGCGUUUAGUGAUUUGACUGAUAAGGAGAACUUGAACUUCCGCUAUCUCUACUAA